AUGUCGAAACAAGAACGAUCCGCAAUUGUCUUCUGUGAUUUCGAUGGAACUAUAACAGCAUGCGAAACAUUCGUCGGUGUGUUGAAACAUUUCGCUCCGGAAUUAUCAAAUGAACUUAUACCAAAGAUACUUUCAAAAGAAAUUACAAUCCGACAGGGUGUUCGUCAAAUUCUUGAAUCGAUGCCUUCAUCAGUUUAUCCCAAUGAAUUGUUGAAAUUCGUUCAAGAUAAACCAAUCCGUUCUGGUCUUUCGACAUUAAUUGAUUACCUCGACAGUCAAAACAUUCCGUUUGUCGUUGUUUCAGGUGGCCUUCGAUGUUUAGUUGAAGCUGUUCUUCGACGCGAGAAGUUAUUAGAGCGUUGCGCGAAAAUCUAUGCCAUAGACGUCGAUAAAAGUGGUGAAAAGCUAAAAGUGAUAUCGGAAUGGGAAUCUGGAAGUGAAUUAGUUGCUAAAGUCAAUGUUAUUAAGCAUGAAUGUCAAAAUCAAGAGCAAAUCAUCGUCAUCGGAGACUCAAUCACGGAUUUAAAUGCAGCAAAGUGUGCAGAUCUAGUAUUUGCACGUGAUGGAUUGUGCAAAUAUUUAACUGACGAAAACAUAGCAUUUUUAGAAUGGAAUGAUUUCGAAGAGAUCAAAAAUCAAUUAGAAGCGAGAGAUCAUCAAUGA